AUUAUUUUUGGUGAUUGGGGGGCCACAACCAAAACACAACCCUUUUUCUUAGUUUUAAAAUCUAACCCAGAUGGCUAUAUAAUGAGCUCUGUUUCCUUUGAUAUAACCAUCUCAAAACCAGAGCAAGAGAAAGAGAAAGCAGCCUUUGUUUCUAACGCCCUUUUCUUUGCUCGUUUGCUUGAAGAGAAGGUAAAGAGAAAGAUCCAUCAUUUCUACCCAAAGUUACGUUGCCAUUUCUUUCUACAGCUCUGGUUUUUGCUCCUGUGAGCUUCUGUUGUACCUUUCCCUUUUCAACUACAUCGAUUAAAGAGUGAAAAAUGGGUGUUGGUGGGACUUUGGAGUACUUGUCAGAUUUGGUGGGUAAUACCCACAAACACAAGAAGAAGAAACAGCUUCAGACUGUGGAGUUGAAAGUCAGAAUGGACUGUGAUGGCUGUGAACUUAAGGUCAAGAAUGCCCUCUCUUCACUCAGUGGGGUGAAAUCUGUGGAGAUAAACAGGAAGCAACAGAAAGUGACAGUUACAGGGUAUGUUGAAGCAAGCAAGGUACUGAAGAAGGCAAAGUCUACAGGGAAAAAGGCUGAGAUAUGGCCAUAUGUUCCCUACAGCUUAGUGUCACAGCCUUACAUUGCUCAGGCUUAUGAUAAGAAGGCACCACCAGGGUAUGUAAGAAAUGUGGAGCAAACUGCCACCACUGCUUCUGUUACCAAAUAUGAAGAUCCUUACAUCAACAUGUUCAGUGAUGACAACCCAAAUGCUUGCUCUAUCAUGUAAUUCUUUGCAGCCAAAACAAGUCUCCUGUUUUGUACCUCUCUCUAUAUCUCUCUUCUGCUAAAUUUUUGUCAAACAGCUCAAUAAUUAUGGUAAUGAUAUAUAUUACUGUGUGUUCAAUCAUUUGUGAAGAAGAAAGGGUCAACUAUAUGGAUGAGUAAUUAGGAUAUUUGGGGUUGUUAGUUGUUAAUAGCUGAUGUAAGAGAUUACUUUAUUUCAUGAUGUUGUAAUUUCCUGUUUGUGAGA